AUGGAGGACGUUCGUAGCCUGAGUAUUAUAGACCAGCGUACUUUCGACAAGGACUCCUUUGGUUAUGAUCGCUUAGGCGAGAUUGCCCAGGUUGCUGAGCGAUUGUUGUCCGUCAAUGCAACAAAUGUUGUACGUCACGAUCUCGAGAGGCAGGUUGAGGUUAAUGACAUUUUGAGUCAAAAACUUGCACCUGUAGACCCGACCCAGCAACACCCACCUCCCAGACCUCCGAGGCGUUCGCGCAGGUCUCAGCGUGGGCGUGGGGGGCAAGAGACAAUCACGCCCACUCAGCCACAUCAGUCCUCCCAGCAUCAGCAGUCUCAUAUCCCCUUCACUGACGGUUCAUCCCAUCAGUCUCCACUUAUGUCUCCACACCAUUCUUCUCAGCAUUCAUCCCAUCAGCCUCCACAUUCUCCACAUCAGUCUCCCCAUCAUUCUUCGCCGACCCAACAGAGUUCUCUAGAUGGCCAGUCGAUACAUUACACGAGUAACUUUCUUUCGAGUAUGUUCGAGGGUGUUGCGGGUCAGCAUCAGGCUGAUGACCCAGCUGGAGGUGAGCGUGAGAGUCAGGGUGAAGACGAGGAUGAGGAUGAGGCUGAGGAUGCAGACCAGCAUGAUCAGUUUGAGGGUCAGGGUUAUCAGCGCCAUGAGGAGCAGGGAUCGAGUCAGACUCUAGGGACUCCACCGUUGGCUGUGAGUAAAGGCCAGAGAGUGACAAAUGAGCCCGAUAGAUUGACUUAUAGCCAUUUUCAGUCUAAAAAGCCCAAGAAGAAGUAG